UGGCAGCAGCAGCAGCAUCGAUACUCCGAUACUCCGUUACCCGUUUCUACAUCCCACCCACACACUCAGCGCGUGAGUGUAACGUCAAAUUUAUCGAGCGUGUAAUUUGUUAAGCGAUUUUCCCGUUGAGAUUUAUGACUACGUCGACAGCUUAAAUGCGGUGUUUAGUGUUUUGUGUGCUCAUAGCCGUUGGCCACGCCCAGCUGCCCAAUGCGCCGUUUCAGCAGACGCCCUUCCAGCAACGCCAACUGCAGCAGCAGCAGCAGCCCCAGCAGCCACAGCCACCGCCCCCGCCCUUUCAACGCCAACGUCAACAGCCACCUGGGCAGGGUCUGUUUCCAGUGCAGGCCAAUCCGCUGAAUCCUCUGAGUCCGCUCAAUCCGCUGACACCCAAUCCGUACAGUCGCUACAAUCAGUAUGCGCAGCAGAACUAUGUGCCGAUCACCGCCUAUCAGAACGAUCUGAACCUGGAUGGCAGCUUCUCCUAUGGCUAUGCAGCUGCCGAUGGCACCACGGCUCAGGCACAGGGAUAUGUCAAGAAUCUGGGCUAUGGCGAAGGUGUGGAGGCGCAGGUCAUCCAGGGCUCCUAUUCGUAUACUUCUCCCGAGGGCACGCCCAUUACCGUGCGCUACAUUGCCGACGAGAAUGGCUUUCGUGCCGAGGGCACUGGCAUUCCCGCCACGCCCUCUUACUUUGUGGGCGCCCAGCCGUACCAGCAGGGCGUGAUAAACCCGAAUCUGAAUCCGUAUCAGACACCUUUCAGGCAAUUGCCCACAGGCGCACAGGGAUUUCGCCCCGGCCAGCAAUUGACGCCGCAACAGCAGCAGCUGCAGCAGCAGCAACUCCAGCAGCAGCAGCAACAGCAGCAGCAGCGCAACUUUCCAAAUUCCGGACAAUUUCAACCGGAUCAGCCAUUCAAUAACCUGCUCUCCGGCAAUCUGCCAGCUCAGUAUGCGGGUCAGUUCGGUCAGCCACUGGGCGGUAAUUUGACACCGCAGCAGCAGCAACAGCAGCAGCAGAAUCUCAACCAGCAACAGCAGCAGAAUCUGAACCAGCAACAGCAGCAGAAUCUCAACCAGCAGCAGCAGCAAAAGGAUCCACGAAAUGAGCAGCAGCAACAGGCGCUGAUCACACAGCAGCUGCGCGGCAGACCCAACCAGCUGGUCGAUCCCUUUGGCUACAACCAGUUCAACAGACGCUUCAAGAAGUCAUCCAAGCAAUAAUUAAUUGAUCGAGCAAUACUUCAAUAAUCUGCAUAUACUUAUAAAUAUAUCUAUAUAAAUCUAUUUGCGAAUUAGUCGAUUUAGUCGCAUUCAAAUGCGUGAUAUAUA